UCUGUAAAUCCUUAGAUCGAGUCAGUAGGUUUGUCAGUCAGGGGUCAGAGUCUACUUGGUGAGGAGUGGAAUCGUGCUGAUUGUGCACUUGUCACCAUGGUUGAGACCCGUAGUGGGAUAGACACUAGCCCCUAUACCAAGGAGCAGCAAGAAAAGAUGGCCGCCUUAGUGAAAGAGAACAGGGAGAGGAAAGAGCACGAGAAGCAGGCGAAGUUAAAGACUAUCACAGAGGAGCAGGCGGCCAAGAUGAAGGAAUUGGAGGAGGAGAUGGAAAAAAAGAAGAAGGCUGCUGAAGAAGAAGCAGCAGAAGAAGAAGAAAAAGAGAGAAUGCGUAUUGAGAGUAGAGAGGGAAGUAGUGGCACGAAGAGGGACACAAACGCAGAGAUGGAGAAGAAAAUAAGUGAGUGGGUUGCUAAUUUAUCAUUGGGAGAAGAUGAGGAGGCAAAGUCCUAUGUGACUCAGGAUGAGAGAGAAGCGUUGGCCAAUGAGCUAGCAGCAAUGGGAGAUCCGAUGGAACGACGAGAAAGGGAGGAGGAGCAGAAGUUAGCAUGGAAGUUGAGGAUGAAGAGGGAGAAAAAGAGGAGGAGAGAGGAAGUGAACAAACUGACCGCAGAGGUGGCAAAGGUGCAGGAGUGUAGGAAGGAAGUGUUGGCCCAGACAGAUGACAAGGCCAAAUGGGAUAAGGUAUUAGGGUACCUGGAGGUGCUGAGCAAAGCCUGGAUGGAGGAGCGCCGGGCUAGUUGGAGCCAAGAGGUAGCUUUGAGUGCCAUGCGGUCGGGGUUUAGGGACUUUGCGCGCGAUAUGAUUACCCACAUUGGGGGUGAAGUCAAGCAACUGAGAGACAAUGUCGGAAAGUUCAGUGAGGGCACCAUUGAAGGUGCCAAAGCGAUAGCCGCUGUAGAGGGCGAGGCUAGACCCCGUAAAGAGCCCGUAAAGCUCAAGUUCCCAGAUGCUUAUGGAGGGAAGAAGGAAGAGAACUUUGACAACUGGGAAGCUAGUGUCAAUAGUUAUAUAUAUCUACAACACAUCCUGAUAGAAGAACAAGUCCUCGUGGCCUUCCAGGCCCUCAAGGAUGAGACGACUAGUUUUGCCAGGUCCCUUGCGCGCGCAGCCGGUUGUGAAAACAACCUGGUUGCAUAUUCAAAAGUCACCCCCCUUUCUCAAUUCCUCAAGCUCCUGAAGGAGCGGUUCACAGACCCAACGAGAGGCGUUCGCGCCUCUGAUAAGUUACAGACGAUCCACUCACGACAGUGGAGGAGUGCAAGGGCACUCAAGGGUACAAUGGACAACUUGGUAGCCGUCCCAAACCAUGGGGUCAUUGAGCCCCAGUUGGUUCAGUUAUUUUAUCGUGCCAUGCCAGAGGCCCUGCGUGGGCAUUACUUUGACAAAUCUCAACAGGACGGCAUCACUUAUGAUGCAUUGAGUAGAGAAGUCGUCCUGUAUGAGUCAAGGUCCAUGCCAGUUACCACUUUCUGGCAUAAGGACCUGGAUAAGGGAAAAAGGUGGAAAGGCCGUACCAUCUCAGGCCAGGUCUUGGAGAAGCUACGAGAGGCUAACUUCAAGAUCAACGCAAAGAAGUGCGAGUGGGCCAAGACACAAGUCCUGUACUUGGGCCACGUGUUGGACGGAGAUGGCAUUAAGCCAGAGAACAGUAAGAUAGCGGCGAUUAGAGAUUGGCUGACGCCCCGCACAUUGACAGAGUUGCGGUCGUUCCUAGGCUUAGCUAACUACUAUGGGAAGUUCGUGAGGAACUUCUCCACUAUCGCUGCUCCCCUGCACAGGUUGCUUAAGAAAGAGGCAAUCUGGCAAUGGGACAAAGAUUGUACGUUUGCGCUAAAAAGACUGGAGCGUGCAUUAAUAGAGUACUCUGUCCUCAAAGUAGCAGAUCCGUCCUUGCCAUUUGUCGUCACCACGGACGCAAGUCAGUAUGGAAUAGGCGCCGUGUUGCAGCAGGAUGACGACAAUGGCUAUAGACCAGUAGAGUUCAUGUCCGCGAGGAUGCCCUCAGAGAAGGCAGCCACCUCAAUGUACGAGAGAGAAUUCUACGCUCUCAGUGAUAGAGAUAGUUGUUUCACCAGGCAGAACUGGCAAGAACUCAUGAGAGUCUACGGAUCUAAGUUGUUGAUGUCGUCUGGCCGCCAUCCCGAGACAAACGGUCAGACGAAACAGAUGAACAAGAUCCUACAGCAAGUUCUGCGCACGUACAUUAGACCUGAUCAGAUCAAAUGGGACGAGAUGUUGCCCAAGGUAGCUAGCGCAUACAACAACAACGUGCAUCUGUCCACCUGUCGCACUCCCAAUGAGUUGCACAAGUUCUUUAGGCCGCGCAGACCAUUCGAAGGACUGAACCGGGAUCAGAUUCACAGGCUACCGCCCGGUACCAGGGAGUUUGUGAUACAACACGAGAAAGAAUUAGCAACUGUUGUUGAGAACCUCCGGAAGGCCCAGCAUAGGAUGAUAGAACAGGCUAAUAAGCACCGUCGCCCAUCACAGUUUCAAGUAGGCGACUUAGUCUGGGUCAAGGCAAAAGAGUUUGCACCUGAAGAAAACAUCUCGCAGAAGUUACUGCCUGCGUAUAGAGGACCGUGGUCGGUUCUAGAAGUCAGGGGCGGAGAGGAUGGACCGUCCUACACUAUAGAGAUCCCAGCACACCUCCACACAUACCUUGUGUUCCAUGCUUCAAAGUUGUUGUCGUGUGCCACAAGUCAACAGUUCCCUUCAAGAAGAUCCGUGAUCCCCCCGGAUAUGGAUGGGAGUUAUGACAUUGACGGCAUUGUAGAUGAGGAUGCGUUCAGAACAGGAGGUAGAGGUCGUCCCCAAAAACAGUAUAAGGUCCGGUUUGCUUAUCAGGAACCGGAAGACGACCGCUGGCUUACAAGGACAGAGCUUCUAGAGACAGCUCCCGACAUAGUCAGAGCCUACGAGCGCGACAAGAAGGGUAAAGGUCCUGCCUUGGACUGAAAUAUUCUCGGAGGACCUCGAAUUUAGGACGGCGGGAGUGAAACGGUAUUCACCUUUUAGCAGUAGCGGAUGCAGUACCCAGGGC